AAUGGUUGAAGAUUUCUGCACGAGCAUCUGUCUGUCUUGGCUUUUGCUUGUUCUGGUUAUGGGUUUUGAAGUUUCGAACUUGGGUAGUUCCCUUCUAGCUGAAUUUUUUCUCGGGCCUUUUCGGCCAUCUGGGUAAAGCGAAGCUGAGCAGUUGGUCCCUGAUCUCUGGAUUUCUCGGCGGUUUCUCCGGUUUCCGUCGCUGGAGAAACGAGACCUCCUAGUCAACUGAGCUCGUGAUGACAUUCUAAUUGCUCCGACGGGGUUUGGUUCGGCGGGUUAAUCGGGUUUACUUUUGCAGUUGAGAUCUCGCCUUUUCUUGAUUUCGUUUGCCGUUUUGGCUGAGAUUUUCGGGAGUGGCACGAUCAGGAAGAUCAAAAUCAACUGAUGGGAACAUCAUCUGGUUCUAACAUUCACCACCAACCUUCUUCGCAAAUGCUGCCUCCACGUCAGCAAGCUCGGGCUGGGGGUUUGCAAACAUCCCUUGCCCUUGUUUCGUCAGAUGCCCACUUGUCUCCUGAUGCGCAGGACCCUCGACCCAACUCUGAUCAAAUUCACGAGUCGCCUACUGAAAGUGCUAGCUCUAGGGAAACGUGGCCUACUGCUGAUGCUAUUAUGGGAAAGAAGUUGGAGAACGGGAAGUCUGACAAUGAUGCCUUUGAACAGUCAGUCGUACGCCGUCUUUCCAGUGCAGAUAAGGUAUCCCUCCGGGACAUUGCAAAAGAAAGAGUUGACCUGAUUGCUGAGAAAAUGCGUCGUUUGCCAGAGGAUUAUCUUGAUGACCUAAAGAAUAUGCUUCGAGCUAUCCUUGAAGGGAAUGGCGGCUCACAGCAGAGAGACGAAUUUUUGAUUUUGCAAAAGCUUGUUCAGAGUAGAUCUGAUUUAACUGCCAAGACGUUGAUCAGAGCGCAUCGAGUACAGCUUGAGAUCCUUGUUUCUAUAAAUACUGGAAUUCAGGCAUUUUUACAUCCAAAUAUCAGUCUCUCCCAGACUUCUCUUAUUGAAGUCUUUGUGUAUAAGAGAUGCCGAAAUAUUGCAUGCCAGAACCAGCUCCCUGCUGAGGAUUGCACCUGUGAGAUAUGCACAGGCAGAAAUGGUUUCUGCAACCUCUGCAUGUGUGUCAUAUGCAACAAGUUCGAUUUUGAGGUGAAUACUUGUCGGUGGAUCGGUUGCGACUUGUGCUCUCACUGGACUCAUACUGAUUGUGCCAUUCGUGAUGUACAAAUUUGUACGGGGCCCUCCGUUAAGAUUGGAGCAGGCCCAAGUGAAAUGCUUUUCAGGUGUCGAGCAUGCAAUCGGACAUCUGAACUGUUAGGUUGGGUGAAAGACGUGUUUCAGCACUGUGCCCCAGCCUGGGACCGUGAUGCUCUUAUUAGGGAACUUGAUUUUGUCAGUCGAAUUUUUCGUGGAAGUGAGGAUCCACGAGGAAGAAAUCUCUUCUGGAAGUGCGAGGAACUAAUCCAAAAAAUGAAGGAGGGCCUAGUGGAGUCAACAGCAUGCAGGGAAAUACUGGUGUUUUUCCAAGGGCUUGAGGGGGACUCUCCAAGGAAUCUGGAAAACGGGGAAGGUGGACGAUUGAUAGCUCCACAUGAAGCAUGUGGCCGUAUUGCUGAGGUGGUGCAGGAAGCCAUAAGAAAGAUGGAAAUGGUAGCUGAAGAGAAGAUGAGGAUGUUUAAGAAAGCUCGCAAUGCUCUUGACACUUGUGACCGGGAGCUCGAGGACAAGGCCAGAGAAGUGACGGAACUGAAAUUGGAGCGGUCAAAGAAGAAACUCCAGAUUGAGGAGCUGGAGAAGAUUGUUAGACUGAAACAGGCAGAGGCGGAUAUGUUCCAGCUUAAGGCUAAUGAGGCAAAACGGGAGGCGGACACGAUGAAGAGGAUUGCUCUCGCAAAGUCAGAGAAGUCCGAGGAAGAGUACGCUAGUCGAUAUCUCAAACUUCGUCUCAGUGAGGCCGAGGCUGAGAAGCAGUAUCUGUUUGAGAAGAUUAAGCUCCAGGAGAGCUCACGAACAUCGCAAAGCAGUGGUGGGGGUGACUCGUCGCAGAUGAUGUAUUCCAAAAUCCAGGACCUUCUGCAGAUGUACAAUUCUUCUUCCAAGACUGAGAACCAGUCCAACGGGCACAAUCCUUUCAGAUCAAGUUCAUGAGAAGUGGUUGUGAAGUGCUUGUGUUGUAUGUCGUGAAUGUGCUUUUGUCAUAUAAUAGUCGGGACCUAUAUUUUGUAUUGUAGAGCAGAUUUGAAUGCUACCUGGUUUCAUGUGAUUGUGUUAGCUAAGCCAUGCCGGAGAGAGGCAAGAGCAAUUGUGCGUGGUCACUUGGUACUAUUGGCGACCUGUAUCGUGCUCUGCUCGGUUCAGUUAAUACUCGGCAGGGACACAUGGCCUGUAUAUUCAUGAUCUUGUGAGGCUCUAUUUGGACUAAUAGACAUAAUUACUUUUUUA